AUAUGUUUCCAUUUAGUCCAGUAAAGUCCGCAUUCACACUGCCAUUAUGCCAGCGGACCAAAGAAUCUACCUACGUCAUGACGUCAUUACCCAUAAGGGCUGCGCCGUCAGUGAUUGGCUUUUGGAUGAGUGUGCGUCUGACGUCAGCGCGUAGGAAGUGCUCUGAGGCAGGAAUAGUUUGUUUACCGUCUCCCACCACAAUGGAUCCACGGAUUCACUCCAUUCCACUGGCACUACUUUGGCUGCGCCUCCAGCAACAGCAACAACAACUACAAUCGCAAUACGCGAGACUAGUUCGAGUCAAACAGAUUCAUGUCCUGAUGCGCUUGCAUUUCCGACGUAGACAGGCAAGAAGGCGAAGAAGGCGAAGACUGCGAGCUAGCCUGCAGGCAUUAGCAGCGUUCCGGGGGAGGCAAACAAGGAACAUUUGGGUCAAACCACGGUGUCAUGAAUGGUGGCAGCAAGUGUGUGACAGCUGGACAGAAACUGAUUGGCAGCGGAACUUCAGAAUGACAAGAGCUACCUUCAAUGUACUGUGUAACAUUCUUCGAGGACAGCUAACCAGGCAGGAUACCAGAUUUCGCAAAGCGGUAUCAGUGGAGUUGCGUGUGGCAAUCUGCUUGUGGAGGCUCGCAACCAAUCUCGAGCUCAGAUCUCUCUCUCACCUCUUUGGUGUGGGAUUGUCAAGUGCCUGUUCCUUCACACAAGAAGUUGUCAGUGCCAUAAAUGAAAUCCUGGCCCCACAAUACCUCCACACACCUUCAGCUGCUGAACUUGAAGGAAUCGUCAGAGGAUUCCGUGAGAGAUGGAAGUUUCCACAGUGUGCUGGAGCUGUGGAUGGAACUCAUAUUCCCAUCCUGGCACCACCUAACAACUCAGCAGAUUAUUACAACCGUAAGGGGGUCUAUUCUGUUAUCCUCCAAGGUGUUGUUGAUCACAACAUGAAAUUUUGGGAUGUAAACAUUGGCUGGCCGGGGAGGGUUCACGAUGCCCGUGUGUUCUCAAACUCGUCCCUUUACCAACGAGGACAGAAUGGAACACUACUGCCAGGAAGGAGUGAAACCAUACAGGAUGUGGAUGUCCCUCUAGUUAUCCUAGGAGAUGCCGCAUAUCCACUGCUGCCAUGGCUAAUGAAGCCAUACCCAGAGGGCAGAGGGACAACACAGGCACAAGCGGCUUUUAACACCUGCCUGAGUCAAACCAGAAUGACAGUGGAGAGGGCUUUUGGACGAUUGAAGGGAAGAUGGAGGUGCCUAUUGAGGCGAUCAGACUUUGAGGUCAGUUUCAUCACUGACGUCAUCUUCGCCUGCUGUGUCCUCCACAAUUUUUGUGAGAGUCACAACGAAGAGUACAUCAGUGAUGAUGAAGAUGAUGAACAUGAUGGGAGACCAGACCCUGCUGACCAUUACAUUGGUGGUGACAGUGGGAAUAACAUCAGGGAUGCCUUGUGUACUUAUUUUUCUACUCUCUAGUUUGAGCAUAAUUCACAGUUUGAGCGUGUUUAUGUUGUUUGAUAUUUCUGUGUUCAGAAUUACACAAGUGUCAUAUUGUGCUAUGAGAGACAGCCCUCAGGAAUAAAUAUUUUUGUUUACCAUA